AACCUAGCUGUCGCUCUUCUCUUUUCAUUUAAUACUUUUCCAUGGAUAAAGAUAUUUCUGAAGAAAUGUUCUGCAUCCACAGCCGAUCUAAGGGAGAGUCUGAUGAUUCAGUGGUAGCAAUUCUUAAGAAGCAAAAGAAGGAAAUCGAUGAAAUUACUAAAUCUUUGAAAGAGAUGUCCGAAGUUAUCAAAACCCUACAGGAUAAUUCACUGACAAAGGCUGAUCUAGAGGAUAUAUUAUCGAAGGAGAAAGAAACUCCAAAUAAAAUGGUGGAACCGAUAGUCGAGUGCUGUUUUGAAAUUGGAGGUGCCGAGGGAAACAAUCUGGAUACCAUAUUCGUUAGAGGAUUUGAUUGUUCCUUCCCCAGGGAUGUUAUCAAGAGCACACUGGAAAAACAUUUCGCUUCAUGUGGAAAGAUCACAAGGGUUUUUGUUCCCAUAGAGUGUCAUACCGGUUCUCCCUUAGGGUUUGUGACUUAA